AGGUCACGCAAUAGCCGAGCUGAACCGUAUCGGAUCCAUUGCUUCCAAUGCCAAGAGACUGCGCUCCUCUUUAAAAGCGUGCUGUAGCUGCAGUCACCUCAAGUUCCUACUUUUCAAGAUCGAGACAGAAUUGUCACAAGCGAAUUGAAAAUGGCCAACUACGAAGAGCACGAAGUCAGCUACGCUGACGGCCAGAAGAAGAUCUUCUACUUGGCCGCCGGCCCCAAAGAUGGUCCAUUACUGAUCUUCGUUCAUGGCUGGCCAGCAAUCGCAAAGACAUGGAAGUCUCAGCUCGACACCUUCUCCGCACUGGGCUUCAGAGUUGUAGCCCCGGAUAUGCCUGGCUAUGGCCGAUCGACAGCAAGGAAGCAGAAGGAAGACUACGCUUUGCAACAACUCAACCUGGGCAUGGUCGCCCUGCUCGAAGAUACCGGCCGAGAUGCUGCAAUCUGGAUCGGGCACGAUUGGGGUUGCGGUGCUGUUUGGAGUUUUGCAGAGCACUACCCGGAGAAGACACUGGCAGCAGCCGGUCUAGCAGUCCCAUCACACGUCAUCGAAAAGGGUCUCGAAGAGGAACUGAAAUGGGUCAAUCGCGACUUUUACCCUGCCGAUAAAUUCCCCUACGGACAGUGGUCGUACCAGAAAUUCUACGAGGAAAGCUUCGACAAGGCAACUGCAUUCUUUGAUGCAGAUGCUGCAGCCAUCAUCCGUGCCCUCUACGCAAAGGGCAGCCCUGCGAGUCUGGGCAAGCCUGGGUUCACUGCGACUGUCACUGCUGAUGGUGGCUGGUUCGGAGGUGCUGAGAAGCCAGACCCACAAAUGAAGCAGCUCCCAAUUGAGCGCCUCUGCAUCGACGAAGAGACCUACAAAGAUCUCGUCGAAGCUAUGGAGCGUACCUCGUUCUAUGGAGCCGAUGCUUGGUAUUCAAAUCACGAAGUCAAUCGCAAGUACUUCUUCGACGAUGCGAAGAACGACGGAUACCUGCUGAUGCCAACUCUGUUCAUUGGAGCUCGUUACGAUACUGUUUGCGAUACAUUUACGUCGCCACUUGCUGAGCCUCAGAGGAAGUACUGCAAGAACCUAACAGAAGCUUCAAUUGAGGCUGGACAUUGGGUUGCGCAAGAGAAGCCGCAGGAGGUGAACUCCAUAAUUACGAGGUGGAUUUUGCAAUCGGUUCCGGAUCAGUGGCCUGGAUUCUGGUCGCGUGGCUAUACCGUCAAAUCGAAGGUUUGAUCUUGUGCUUGAGAAAAAGGAACUGCGAUCAGAGUGAUCGGAUCAUUCAGCUAUCAAAUGAUGAAGUUGUAUGUAGCCGCAGUGACAAUUGACCUCCAUGAAAAGUACUG